ACUUUCCAGAAAAGUCGGUCGGAGGUGGACUGCUGGUUGGCGCUCUUCUCGCCCGGCAGCGGUCCUUCCCUCUCCUCUCCGAUCUGCCCCCUUCCCGCCCCCUGUCUUUCCCCCCACACCCCCCAGCCUCUAUCUUUCCGUCUCCCAACACAUUUAGAAAGAGCGGGUACCGCAGGCUGUAGAAAAUGGUGAAGGAAACGACUUACUAUGAUGUCUUGGGCGUGAAGCCCAAUGCCUCCCAGGAUGAACUGAAAAAGGCAUACAGGAAGCUGGCCCUGAAGUACCACCCAGAUAAGAAUCCCAAUGAAGGUGAAAAGUUCAAACAGAUUUCUCAAGCUUAUGAAGUACUCUCCGACGCAAAGAAGAGAGACCUCUAUGACAAGGGUGGUGAACAGGCUAUCAAAGAGGGUGGAUCCGGUGGUGGUUUUGGGUCACCCAUGGAUAUCUUCGAUAUGUUUUUUGGCGGAGGAGGAAGAAUGCAACGAGAGAGGAGAGGUAAAAAUGUUGUUCAUCAGUUAUCAGUGAACUUAGAAGACCUGUAUAAUGGAGCAACAAGAAAACUGGCAUUACAAAAAAAUGUCAUUUGUGACAAAUGUGAAGGUAGGGGUGGUAAAAAGGGUGCGGUCGAAUGCUGCCCUAACUGUCGAGGAACUGGGAUGCAAAUAAGGAUUCAUCAGAUAGGACCUGGAAUGGUUCAACAAAUCCAGUCCGUGUGCAUGGAAUGCCAGGGCCACGGGGAAAGAAUCAGUCCUAAGGACAGAUGCAAGAGUUGCAAUGGGAGGAAAAUCGUCCGUGAGAAAAAAAUACUGGAAGUUCAUAUUGACAAAGGUAUGAAAGAUGGACAGAAGAUAACAUUCCAUGGGGAAGGUGACCAAGAGCCUGGACUAGAACCAGGAGAUAUUAUCAUUGUCUUGGAUCAGAAAGAUAAUACUGUAUUUACAAGACGAGGAGAAGACCUCUUUAUGUGCAUGGAUAUUCAGUUGGUUGAAGCACUGUGUGGCUUCCAGAAGCCAAUCUCAACUUUGGAUAACAGAACCAUUAUUAUUACCUCUCAACCUGGAUCGAUCAUCAAACACGGUGAUAUUAAGUGUGUACUUAACGAAGGCAUGCCAAUUUAUCGCAGGCCAUAUGAAAAAGGUCGCCUCAUUAUUGAAUUUAAGGUGAACUUCCCAGAGAGUGGCUUUCUUUCAUCAGACAAACUCUCUCUGUUGGAAAAGUUACUGCCUGAGAGAAAAGAAGUGGAGGAGUCGGAAGAAAUGGAUCAAGUUGAACUUCUGGACUUCGACCCAGCUCAGGAGAGAAGACGCCACUACAACGGAGAGGCGUAUGAGGAUGACGAACAUCACCCCAGAGGUGGUGUUCAGUGUCAAACCUCUUAAACGGGCCUAGCGAAAUAUAGUGAUGCUAGCUUUUGUAUGCAGUAGUGAAUAACCGAAAGACUAUAGUCAUCUUUAACGCACUCACUACUUGGUGUCACUUUUGUUGUAAUAUUCAACUGUAGUUGUGUUUUGAAAAUCCCUAAUAUAAAUAAGUUUGAAUUUAAUGUGUAACAGACCAGUAUGCGUGAUGACAUCUCAAAUCGUUAAAUAACUGCAUAAGGGCAAAGGACACCCCACCCGCCUUGUCAUCUUGUUUCCGUUUCAUGCCUUGUAACUUUGUUUUCAAGUGUAUGCACACGCACUGGCUUAGAAGAUUCAGCGAUGCUCUUCUAGAUUCUAUCACUUUCUCGAAUUUGUGUUCACAUGCCUUUAUAAAAUGUGACUAAAAUUUUGUACUGAACUGACCAUAUUGCCCUAUCAUGUUAAUGUUUUGGUUUGUAGUGUUAUUGGUGAAAUGAGAACCUGCUGUGAUGCUCUUGCAUUUGCCCCUCUGCCUAGAUGUCCCAUCUGAGGUAGCAUUUCACGUGCCCUAAUUUGGCAUACUAACUAAUGUGGAUUUCUUGUAAUCCCAGUGGAAAUUUAUUAGCUCCCAGACUGGGAUUUACACCCGUCCCCCUCCCUCCCUAGCCCAUCCUUUAAUAUUUUGCAGCCUUUCACCUAGCCAAGCCUCUGCUCAAACCUUGGGACUUGUAGAAUUGUACUUGCCUUUUGUUGUGCCAUUUCUGUUCUUGUAAAACAGUGACAUUCCAGCCCUGUGCUGGCAAUAAUAGACAAAUCCCAAGGUUUUGCAUUUUUUUUUUUUAAGUUAGAUUAGAAUUUGAAACAUUGCAGGAAAAAAAAAACAAAAAAAACUUGACAUGUGAACUUGGCCAGUGCUUCACAUAGUGUGGGGUAAUGGUGAAGUUUAAGAUUUUGGGGCUAAGAGUAAUUGUGAUCUGAUUAACCUAUUAUUGUGGUAUUUGUAAAGCGCUUACUCUGUGUCAAGCACUGUUCUAAGCUCUUGGGUAGAUAAAUGUUAGGUCGGACACGGUCCCUGUCCGACAUGGGGCUGUCCGUGGUAUUUAUUGAGUGCUUAUUGUGUGCAGAGCACUGUAUUAAGUGCUAAUUACUCACAGUAGUAGUUUUAAAUGUCUGUUCCAAAGUUCAUUUUUCAUGUUCAUGAGCUUAAAAGGGUCUGUGGAUAUAGAAUUAAAUAAUUUUUUCAAUCUGUA